AUGAAUUUCGUCAAGCUACCACAGUUCAACGUUGGAGAUUCGUGGCCGCUUUAUGAAGAACGCCUGAAGCGAUUUUUUGUGGCGUAUGGAAUCGAAGAAGCGGAAGACGAACGGCGAGCUGCUUUCCUGUUGACGGCGGUUUCCAUGGAAGUCUAUCAAAUCGUGAAAAAUUUGUGCUUCCCGAAGCUUCCUGAAGAAAAGAAGUUUUCCGAGGUCUGCGACUUGCUGAAGCAGCGGUUUACCCCGACGCUGGUUGUGUUCCGAGAGCGAGCACGGUUUUUCGAAGCCCGGCAAGAUUUGGACGUGUUCAUCAAGAACUUGUUCGUGGUUGGACUGCGUCGUGGUCCACUAUUCGAGCGAGUAUGCGAGGAAGAAGCGACGGCCAGCUUCGACGUUUUGAUGAAGAUCGCACUGAAGAAAGAAUCGACCCUCCAACAGCGUGGCGUUUUGGACGUGCACAAGAUCCAGCAAGGUGCGGAGAAGAAGCAGUGCAAGAGUGAUUCACGGUGUUUCGCCUGCGGAAGAGGUGAUCACGAUUUCCGGAAAUGCCAAUACAAGAGUUACGUGUGCAAGCUUUGCGAUAAGAAGGGACACCUUGCCAAGGUGUGUCCCACUAAGGAGUCGGAGCAACCAAAGGAGAAGAAGAAGCCGUGUGGACAGAAGCGAAGCCCCAGGAUCAGCCAUUUGAGGAUCAACAAGCUGGAAGUGCCCCCACCGGUUAUGGUUGGUAUCAGUGUCAACGGAUGUCCUGUACGUUUUGAGGUGGAUACCGGGAGCCCGGUGAACGCCAUAUCGAAGGAUCUGUAUGACCAGUUGUUUUCUGCGAUACCGUUGGACACCGAUUCGAGAGAGGAAUUCGUCUGUUACAACGGGUCUGGUUCCCGUGCGGUUGGCACAUUCAAGGCGGAGCUGCGGUACAACGAGCACGUGUCCAAAGAAGAGCUCUACGUUUUCGAGGGAACGAGGCAGCCACUGCUCGGACGGCAAACAAUGUGCCGUUGGAAUUUGAAGAUCGAUUUUUUGCCACGUGUUCCGUUCGCGUUCAAGGAGAAGGUGGAAGCGGAGCUGGAUCGACUGGAAGAGUCCGGCAUUAUUUCGAAAGCGCCAUCAUCAGAAGCUGAAUGGGGUACACCGCUAGUCCCCGUUCUGAAGAAGGAUUCGUCCAUCAGGUUGUGUGCAGAUUAUCGGAUCACGGUCAACCCGUUUUUGGUGGACAACCGUCACCCUUUCCCGGUGAUAGACGAGAUUUUUGCGGCGCUGCAAGGAGGUAAAUAUUUUUCGAAGCUCGACCUGAAGAACGCCUAUUAUCAGCUAGAGGUGGACGCAGACACAAGGCAUCUGCUGGCUUGGAGCACGCACAGAGGUGUGUACCUGAUGAACCGGCUGCCAUUCGGAACCAAGACAGCUUGUGCCAUUUUUCAAGCGACGUUGGAGAAAGUUCUGCAAGGCUGUCGUGGCACAGUCAGUUAUCUGGACGACGUUAUGGUGUCAGGUAGAACCGUGGAAGAACACCUGGAAAACCUGAAUGCGGUGCUAACGCGACUCAAAGAAGCGGGAUUUGUACUGAACAUGCAGAAGUGCGCAUUUUUCAAACAAGAAGUCGGUUAUCUUGGUCACGUCAUCGACCAGGAUGGCCUGCACAAGGACCCUGAAAAAGUUCAAGCAAUCAUGGAUGUCAAACCGCCGAAGGAUGUCAAGGAAGUUCGAGCAUUCGUGGGCCUAGCGAACUAUUAUGCGAAGUUUUGCCCAAGUUUGGCCCAGUGGAUGAAACCGUUGUACGAGCUACUGAGGGACGACGUGAAGUUUUCCUGGACGGAGAAUCGGCAGAGAGCGUUUGCAGCCAUCAAGAAGCUGCUCUCGGAGGACACGGUACUGGUGCAUUACAACUCGGACAUGCCGAUCAAGCUAUACUGCGACGCUUCGAACGAAGGAAUUGGAGCUGUUAUCGUUCAUGAGUUUCCGGACAAGAGUGAACGACCAAUAUCGUUUGCAUCGAGGGUGUUCAAGAAGCACGAAGCAGGAUAUUCCGUGAUCGACAAAGAAGCACUGGCCAUCUAUUACGGAAUCAACAAGUUCAACACUUACCUGCAAGGACGACAUUUCAAGCUCAUGACGGAUCACAAGUUUUUGACAAGCCUCUUCAGUCCUAAGGGUGUUCCGGAGACAGCAGCUGGACGUUUGCAGCGGUGGGCAGUUUUCCUGUCGAACUGCGACUACGAGAUUCAACAUGUGAAAGGAGUUCGAAACGUUCCAGCGGAUUUUUUGUCAAGGCACCCCAUUGGUAACGACGGAAGCGAAGAAGACGAGGACGAAGCGGUAAGUUUCCUGAAUUUUGUGGAAGCUGAGACCCGUUCAUUGGUGGAGCGCAAGCAGAUCAUCGUCGAAAGCCACCGUGGCAAGUUGUUGAGCCGUGUAGCUGAAUACGUUAAAUCUGGUUGGCCGCAAAUGAUCCAAGAAGAGGACCUGAAGGUUUUCCACCGGAAGCGAGAUGAGCUGAGCGUUGAAGAAGGAGUUCUACUUUGGGGCUACCGGAUUGUGGUUCCUACCAAGCUGAGGAAGUUUUUGCUAGACGAGCUCCAUUCAGUCCACCUGGGGAUCGUGAAGAUGAAGAGUUUGGCCAGGUCAUAUUUUUGGUGGCCAUCCCUGGACAAAGAAAUCGAGGACAUGGGUAAGAAGUGCGAGAUGUGCAUGCAGCAGCGACCAGAGCGAAGCGAUCCAAUUUCUCCGUGGCGUUUAACCAGCGCCCCCUGUGAUCGAGUCCACGUUGAUCAUUUCUCGUUUCGUGAUGCUGAGUUCCUGGUGAUGGUGGAUAGCCACAGCAAGUGGAUCGAGGUGUUUCCAGUACGCACGCUGACUUCGAAGGAAACAGUGGAGAAGAUCUCCGAAUUCAUCGGCAGAUUCGGUUCCAUCGGUACACUGGUGUCCGACAACGGGACUGCAUUUUCUUCGGAGGAGUUUCAAGAUUUUUGUUCAUCCCGGGGAAUCAAGCACUUGCGGACAGCACCCUACAGCCCUUGUUCCAAUGGUGCUGCAGAGAACGCAGUCAAAACAGCCAAGAACGCGUUGAAGAAGCUAUCAUCGGAUCCGGCGUUCCAGCGAAAGUCGGUAUCGUUGCAGUUGAGCGCAUAUCUGGAGAUGUAUCGCGCCACCAAGCACGCGACAACCGGUGAAAGUCCCUUCAAGUUGAUGUUCGGAAGAGAGAUGAGAAUCCGUUUCGACAAGCUGAAGGUAAAUCACGAAAAACGACAACGCGAGAAGAUUGAAGAACACCACCUCAAACAAAAGAGAACGGUAUUCAAGAUUGGUGAGACAGUCUAUGCAAGAGACUACCGAAAUCCGAAGAAGCCACUAUGGGUACGAGCAAAGAUCGUCAAGAAGAUUGGAGCUGUCCUAUACGAGUGCGUUUCGGAUGAUCUAGGAAUUAUCAAGCGCAGGAGCCAUCAGUUGUUGAAAUACCCUUUCGAUGACUAUGACGACGAAGCAAGACAACCCACAGGCGCAGGUGCGCAACCGAAUGAUGCAUCUAGUGAAGAGUCGGAAUACGGCUCGUUGGGCGAGUCAGACACGGAGGAGCAGCCCAGACAGCAACCACCACCGGCCGGGUCGUACGUAACUAGGUACAAUCGAGUUGUGCUGCCACCACGUCGCUUGGGGGAAGAGUAG